AUGUUGGAAAUGCUGGCACCGUUCAUGCGUUACCAGGUCACCAGUUUGAUAUUUCUCCCUGUCAAAAGACAGAGGCACUUUCAGGAAUCGGAUCAGGUAAACAGCUGGCAGAUUCCGGCCAAGGUGAAAUAUUUGGUGAAGAAUACGGAGAGGUCGUUUAGCUUCGUGGCGAGUGCUGAUUUAAACGAAAAGGGUUCUGAUAAAUCAAGUUUGAACGCACAUGCUAUUAGCAAUGCUGCAUCUCUCAGAACUACAGUUGUUCCUGGUUCCUCAGCAUUGGAUUUGGCUAAAAAGAAACUACAUGAUUCUGGAAUGCAUGUCUCUCCUCUACGACAACAUCUGAAGCAAACGGUGGUAAAUCAAAGGAGGUCACACCAAGUGGAGAAGGUGGAAAUGAUUUAG